UCACAAUCAAAAACGUUUUUUACUGCUAUUGCCAUAACAACUAUUUUAGUAUUUGGACUGGAGCCUAACUCUUUUUGUCAUCGUUAAAAGGAUACAAGGAAGCCUACACGUCACUUUCUUCAACCUACCGUUAUUAUUAUAUUAUGGUCAAACUUGGUUACUUCUCAGUUAAAAGCAAAUUGUGUACCCGUUGUGGAAUUCAUGUGAAAUUAAUAGCGUGUAUUGUCACCGGUUCGCCGUUCACACAUGACUUUGAUGCAUCAACCGUCUGCUAAAACGGUUAAAAACCCAAACAAAUAAUGAAUACGUCGAUUGAUUACGCAAUUGAAAUUGGUUUCCCCGAAUGUAACAUUUACUACCGUCAGGAAACGGUCCCUUUGCUGUUGUGUAUUGUAACCCCCUAACAGCAGGGGUGUCCAUUUUGGGACCCAGGGGGACUAUUUAAGAAAAUGUUCCAGUGAGGUUGGUGUACAUCAGCAAUGAGUCAAAAUAGUUCCUGCCUGUGGACCGAGGUUCCCCAGAGUAGCACUUCCCCAUGUGACCGCUGCAAGCAUGCAUGCUGCAGCUACGAUGGAAACAUCUACGUCCUGGGAGGACGAGACAACAGGACCCUGAGGGACUUCUGGAGGUAUAGUGUAGUGCGUAACGAAUGGACAGAGUUGAGCUGCACAGGCGAGACGGCACCAGAAGAAGUGGAGGAACAUUCGAUGGUCGUUUAUAAGGGCUUUAUAUACGUGUUUGGAGGCACACUGGAUUCGGCAUAUACCGUGCUGAGAUGUCCUCUCUGGGUGUUUGAUAUUGCAAAGCAGAAAUGGGUGCCCUGUCAGAGAAAGACAAGCUCUCCUCAGACCCAAAUGCCGACCAACAGAAAAGGCCACAGUGCGGUGGUGGUUGGCUCAUCCAUGCUUCUGUACGGCGGCUUCAUAGACAUUAAAGGAUCAUCUCAGGAGUUCUGGAGUUUGGAUUUUGACACCAUGGUUUGGUCGCUGCUCAAUGGUUGUCAGCAGGGAUCCCUGAACCCAGGCCCAAGACACAGUCACUCUGCAAUGGUCUACCAGAGUUGCAUGUACUUGUUUGGUGGCUUGAAAGGCCUGCGAGAGCAGAGAGACUUCUGGAAGUGGAAUUCUAUCAGCAAUACAUGGACUUCACUCAAAACAAAAUUGGGACCCUCUAAACUCAUUGGCCACUCAACUGUAGCCUACAAGGACAGCAUGCUUCUUUUCGGGGGAGGAGAGAGCCAGAACUAUCCAAAGAACUGUUUGUGGAGAUACAGUUUUUCCACGCAUACGUGGGGACAGGUGAACACACUGCUGGGAUCAAGCGCUCCAGACAAGAUGCACCACUGUUGUGCUGGUUUAGGUACCAGUUACACAACCAACACCACCAGCAUCUGCUCAGAAACCUACACAGGCCGUCAGCAUGAGAAGUUAAGGCCAUUCAAAAACAAAUGUUUUCCCGCUCCGCUCACUUUUCUGGGCUCAGAGAGCGCGAUAGAGCUUCAGACGUUCAACUUGGACAAAAGUCAGAAGGGCAAAGUUGGCAGUAAUGCCACGGAAGCGGACAAGAGUGUCUUACUGGUCAAAAAUGAGCAUCAGUUGGGAAGCUGUCUAACGUAUGAAAACAAAGCAUUCAGCAAACACUGGAGCAGCACGGAGGAGGACCUGCUGGAAUUCGAUGAUGAAGACAUAUCACAACAUUUGCCAGAUCUCUUACUGGUCCUGGGGGGCAGACCGUGCGCUGGACAUAAAGCUAUCUCCGUGUGGCAAAUGACUCUGGCUGACACUUGACAGCACAUUUUAAAGGAGCGAGAGAACGGGCAAGAAAACAGUGUUAUUUGUGUCAUAUUACCGCUUAAAAUAUUGUCACCACAUAUUUUGUACCGUAUUACAUUUGUUUAGCUGUGUUUAUUUAUCACACUGCACAGACAAUGAUAAGAUUGCACGUGAAUAAAUGGUAAAUCUCGCUAACGUCCCUCUUAAUAUAGGGACUUUUUAUGUAAAUGACACAUUUGUGAGGUUAUACUAAAAAAAACAAGCAAAGCAAGAUAAGCAGUAUUAAACAGUAUAACAGCCUUCAAUUCCUCCACUUUUUGCAAGACUUCAUAUAAUAGCCAGUCUCUUCUGUGCUAUUCAAGUGCUAAUCCAUAAAUAUCUUGUUAUGUCGUGUGCCAUAGUCAAUCCAAAGGGUGGUCGUUAAUGCAUAUUUUCAUGCUUUUUAUUCAUUCCCAAAAUGAUGAGUCCCAAUCCUUUCAAGUUCUGAAACGCACCACAGCUUCAAAAGGUCUAGCGUUAGUAUACCUGUAGUUAUUCAUUGCAGCCUGUUGCUUCCUGGGAGACUAAUAUUUACAGGAAACAUUGAUGGCAUGCCAUAAUCAUCGCCAGCUACAUAUGAAUUGGCAGGGAUUCUGGUGUUAUCUCUCCCCACUCAGUGGAACUUAUUUGUCCUCUUUGUAGCACCGUUGGGUGGGUUCCAUUACAAAUCUAACAGAUCCCAUGCACGUCACAAUUCCGACUGGUGUGGGCAGCCGAAACGCGCAUCUUCCUUUAUUGGAACCAUUUUGUUUACUUUUUGUUUACUUUCCUUGAGUGACGGCGCUUGUGCACAGCAAAUAGAAAUAUAUUUGUUUGUUGUUGUUCCAAAAUAUGUGUGACUUCCUCAAGAACAAUCACUACAGUGCUGGAUUAGGACAUAUGAAAAAGUGUUUGGCCCCUUCUUGAUGUCUUUUUUUUUUGUUUUGCAUUAGUCACACUUAAAGGUUUCAGGUCAAUGACAACAGAAAAUGCACGUUUUUUAAAUUGAAUCUAUGUUUAUGUCCUUCAGUUACACCCUGUAGAAACCCUGCCAUAGACAAUGUGGCAUUCCUCGAUAAAAAUCCAUGUAUGUCCAUGUAUAAAGGCUAUCUAUGAAAUAUCAGGCAAUACAUAAAUACAUACAGGUGAUAUUAAUAAUAACACCUUGCGAAGGUGAUUUAUCAAUUAAAAUCACCUGCCAGAGAAGCUGCUUGUGGAGUAAACCUAAAGUGGCUCGCCCUGCAUUGGCACGUGGUCUAGAUGGUCUAGAGGCGUGGCCGGAGAGUGACCAAUAGCGACCUAGCCCACCACGUGUAGCUCCACCCCCUUGGAGAAAGGCAGGUGGAUAUAAUUGGCAAUUAACCUCAUUCAUAAGAGCUUCUUUCUCACCAGGAACACCUAAGGUUGCGGUUUCCAGGUUUGCGGUUCAUUGUGUGUACGUUUCUUGUUAGCUUUUUCGUCACUACUAACGCCGUGUCUGCACCUACGCUUCAAAAACCAAGAUGGACAGCCUUUGUGCCGAGUUUUACACAUUGUGUACAUAAAACAUCAUACCAAGGACUUCAUUGACACAAUUUUACGGGGCUUCAAUGGAAGUUGAACGCAUUCAAUUUCAUUUCAAUGUACUCUUUAUUACAGCGAGUGUUUUGCACUCCCACCAAGAAAUAGCUUUCUUUGGUGUAAUUUGUAAUGACUGUUUACGACCACUAGAUGGGAGUGUUGUCCAUUAGCAAACAUAACCAAGCAACGGCACGUGGACUUGUUACUUCUAUGUGCAACUCAAAUUUUCAGUCUGUUUGAACAUACUGUAUUAUAUACUAAGUAAUAUACACAUACAAAUAAUUGUACAAUACUGUAUAUGCAUUUUUCCUGUGUGUCCGGAUAUUAAGGACACCCUGUAUGUUCAUGUUUGCAUACAGGUGUUGUAUUUAUGGGUGAAAGCUAAAGAAGAAUCACAGUUUAAUGAAACAGAGACAACAUUGAUGCCAUGGAAAUAACAGUUUUGCACAUUUUCAACAGAACAACACAUAAAAAAAAACACUUAUUUUAAUUAUUUAUCCUAAAUGACAAAACUACCACCAUAAAAACUUACCAUCUACAGCAGUGGUUUUCAUCUGGUGGGUCAGUGUCUGGGGGAAAAAACAAAACAAUGGAAUAACCUGAUGCACCUUGUGCUAUUGACUUGCUGCAUUGUGCAAUGUUUUUGGGUCCCUGACACACAGCUGCAGAUAUCUGCUGGAGACGCUCGAGUGACAAUGACAGCGCAACAAUGUCUCACCCUUACAGCUUAUGUUGUGUUGCAAACAGUUCCCUUUUAAAUAUAAUAUAAUAUAAUAUUUCACCAGUUUGAGAUGAAAAACAAAUCUGCAGGUUGUCAUUGAGUGGACAUAUAAUAUGCUAAUCACAUAA